AUGGAAAUAAAUUUCCUAUGGUAUCUUGUAAUUGGAGUCAGUGAAAUCAAAGAUUUUCAAAAUGUUUGCAAAUCAGUUGCGGUAGCAUUGAAAACCGGUUACAGGUCGUUCGAAUGUAAUCCAAUAUGCGAACGAGAAGAAAAUUUUGGGCUCGUGUUACAAGAAUUACUACCAAAAUUUAAUUUAAAAAGAUGUGAUGUGUUUAUAAUAGGAAAAUUACAUCCGAAAAACUACGGUGAAAAUACAGAGAAAGCUUUUUGGCAGACAUGUAGAAAUCUUAAAACCGAUUAUUUGGAUGCAUAUUUAAUGCAAUGGCCAGGAGGAUACAACGAAGAUCCAGAUAAUGAUGUUAAUUUAAUUAUAAGACUUGAAACGUGGAAAGAAAUGAUAAAACUUAAAAAAAAUGGCCGAGUUAGAAACAUUGGAGUUUGUAAUUUUGAUAUAAAACAUUUAGAAGAUUUCAAGUCUUUAGAACUUGAUGUUCCAGCCAUAAAUCAAGUUGAAUUUCAUCCAAGAUGUCCUCAAAAAAAUCUAUUGAAUUAUUGUAAAGAAAAUAAUAUUUUAUUGCAAGCCACAAGUUUUAAAAAUACAUUUCAUCCAUUAUUAUUAUCAGAUGAUACAAUAAGAUUUGUAGGAAACAAAAUAAAUAAAACUUCUGCACAAGUAUUGCUCAAAUGGAUUUUAAACAAAGGUGUUGCAGUCAUACCACAAUCAAUUAAUCCAAAAGAUAUCAUCAAUAAUUAUUUACUCUAUGAUUUUUUUUUGGAAAAACCUGAAAUGGAUUCUAUUGAUUCUAUAACUAAGAGAGAAAAAUAUUUAAUGAAUCCUUCAAUCGUUUUUUAA